CUCCCGUCUGGCCACUCACAAUCCACCCACAUCAUGACGCCAGGCCAGAUCAUUACCACAGACCCUCAAUGGAUGCGCGGCCAUGGAACAUUCGCCGCCGCAGACGACACCGCCGCCGCAAUUCGUUCAACACUGGCCGGCACAAUUCAGAAAACCAACAAACUCAUUUCGGUCGUGCCUUUGCGAGCACGAUAUAAUCCUGAGGUCGGAGACUUGGUGAUUGGCAGAAUUGUGGAGGUCCAGAGCAGGAGAUGGAAAGUUGAUGUUGCGGCGCCAGUGUUGGCAGUCCUACAGCUGAGCUCUAUCAAUUUACCCGGCGGAGCGCUGCGGAAGCGAACGAGCGUAGAUGAGCUGAACAUUCGCUCAUUCUUUGGAGAGGGAGAAUUGAUUGUGGCUGAGGUGCAGAACUUAUUCCACGACGGAAGCGCGGCAUUGCACACGCGCUCUCUGAAAUAUGGAAAGCUGAGAAAUGGAUACUUCAUGGCUGUUAGUGGCAUGGGCGGAGGCAUGGGUGUCGUGAGGAGCAAGAGGCAGAUCUUCACAUUGCAGACGAGCCGUGGAGGAGAGGUGGAUGUCAUGCUGGGCGUCAAUGGAUAUGUGUGGAUCGAGAAGCAUGUGCAAGAGCAGUCGAGCCAAGAUGUCGGUAUCAAUCGCCUUGAGGAGACUGCCAGCAUCGGCAUGUAUUCGACCCAGAAUGAUGAAAUCAGCCCGGACACGAGGAGGGAGAUAGCAAGGGUUGCUGGAUGCAUCAAAGCGCUCGUCGAGGGAAGCGUCAAGGUCGAGGAACACACGGUCAGAAGAGCUUACGACGCCAGUCUCGAACUUGAUGAGAUGGAAGGCGCGACGCAGUAUUUGGGAGGCGAAAGAGCAAAGAUGAUCGUCGACAUGUUGCACGCCGAUCGGUGAUCAAGAGAGCUGGUUUGAAUUCAAGUGAUAUCCCAAAAAAGCUCAUAAGUCACACAGCUGGCGCUCUGUGGUCUUGUUGAAGAGGUGUCCAAACUCUCACCUAGGAUGGCAUAGGGAACGACUGUAUUCCGACCAUCGAGCUCCGAUGUUGAAGUCCCCCCGGAGCUAUUGUUUCCUGCCGUGAGAUCAACAGCGCUCAGUCCGCCACCGUCACCCGAUGGCACUGUCGGCUUCCAAAAUUCAUGACCCAACCGAGAACAAUUCUUCCCUGCAGGUCCUUCAUCGUACCUACAAUAUCACCUGACAUCUCUUCCUUUGAGGGGUGCUUUGAUGGAAUAUGCCUCAUCGCAUUUGGUCGAUUCACAGAGAUUCGGACACUCAUGAACCAGAUACUGUUGUAGAAGGAGAGCCAUUAGCUGCAUGGUCUGAAGAAGCCGCGCGAGGAAGUGAGCUGACCUACCUGCAUAUAUCUCAUCACAACGUAGAC